AUGGAAGUUUCGACUACAGUACCGCCAAUAGCCAAGGAGAGGUUUAAGAAAGGAAUGGAUCUACCAAGCUGGCAUAAGUUUGUCAUUCUUUUCACCGCCAGUUUCAUGUGCUUGGCUACCACAUUCUCGAGCACAUGUCUAUACCCAGCAACGCCAGAGAUAGCGGCCGAGUUUGGGACUACAUCCGAGCACAUCAAUGUCACCAAUGCUGGAGUCUUAUUGGCCAUGGGAUCGUCUAGUUUAAUCUGGGCACCUAUCGCUAGAACGUUAGGAAGGCGGACGGCCUACAAUGGUGCCAUUGCCAUCUUGUUCUUGUGCUCGAUUGGCACGGCGCUAUCGAUCAAUAUGGCCAUGUUUACGGCUAUGAGAGUUCUUGCUGGUUUUGAGGGCACGUUCAAUAUGGUUGCAGGUCAAACCAUAAUAGCAGAUAUCUUUGACCAACGGAGAAGAGGCACCGCUGUGGGCUUCUUUAUGGUCGGUUCUGUCCUAGGACCUGCAUUAGGUCCUUUGGUGGGCGGUAUUAUCGUAACGUUUGCUUCUUGGAGAGUCAUCUUCUGGGUGCAGACUGGUAUGGUGGGACUGGGUUUGAUGCUCUCCUUUUUCUUCGUUCCUUCCAUCGCCCAACCACAUCAGACUACCGAUAAACCUAGCCUGAGGCUUUGGGGCAAGUCACAGGUCGAGAUGCUUAAGAUGUUUACGUUGCUCAUAUAUCCUAACGUCUUCUUCGCGGACCUUGCUUGCGGUUUGCUCGCCUGGACCCAAUACUCUCUGUUGGCCGCACCUCGCCAUUUAAUCAACCCUCGCUUCAAUCUGACAUCGCCUCUUGUAUCUGGCCUCUUCUACAUCUCGCCUGGAGCAGGUUUCCUGCUAGGUGCCAUUGCAGGAGGACGAUUCUCCGACAUGACGAUGGCCAAAAAGAUCAUCGAACGCGGUGGAAAACGUGUGCCUCAAGACAGACUCAACAGCGGUCUCAUUGCUUUCUUCCUCAUCAUACCAGCUUCGCAGUUGGUGUACGGAUGGUGUUUGCAGUACGAUGUGGGUGGCUUGGCACUCGCCAUCGUGGCUGCCUUUUUCACAGGCUUUGGUCUCAUGGCUGCCUUUAGUUCUUUAAACACAUAUUGUGCUGAAGCGAUACCAGAGCAGCGCACAACAGUCAUUGCAUCCAAAUACUUUAUCCAGUACAUCUUCGGCGCAUCGGGAAACGCGGCGAUCGUGCCUUUGAUCGAUUCCAUAGGGAUCGGGUUAGCUGCUACAAUAGGCGUUAUCCUGUGCAUCUGUGGUGGUGUUCUGGUUUGGAUGCUUGCAAAGCAUGGUGGUUCGAUGCAGGCGUUUAUCGAUGCAAAGUUGGGUCAUGUAGAUACUGAUGACGAAAAGUAA